UGUAACAAUCGCCCCUUUUUCUAGAAAUGGCGACGAUGUCAAAGUGGGCUGUCUAUUAUAUACUUCAUUUUGGCGUACGUAACUAUUGCAAAUAAUAUUUAUUACAUCAACAAUGAAGCUUCUAGGAAAAAUUAUAGAAAAAGACGGCAGUGGACAUGUCACACUUGUGGCAGAAGAACCAGAGGAUAUGUGGCAUGCUUAUAACCUUGUUGCCGAAGGUGAUAGUUUACGAGCUUCUACAAUAAGGAAAGUGACUACAGAAUCAGCAACGGGUAGCACUGGGAGUAACAGGGUGAGGACAACUUUAACUAUUGCCAUCGAAAACAUUGAUUUUGACACUCAGGCAUGCGUUCUCAGAGUUAAAGGACGCAAUAUCGUUGAAAAUCAAUAUGUAAAAAUGGGAGCAUAUCACACUUUAGAUCUGGAACUAAACAGAAAGUUUACUUUGGCCAAAUCUUGUUGGGACAGUAUAGCUUUAGAUAGAAUAGAUAUGGCAUGUGAUCCUGCACAACAUGCCGAUCUUGCUGCAGUUAUCAUGCACGAAGGUCUAGCUCACAUCUGUCUCGUCACUUCGAGCAUGACUCUGAUACGAGCAAAAAUUGAUGUUAACAUUCCAAGAAAAAGAAAAGGACAAUGUGCACAACAUGAUAAGGGUUUGCAAAAAUUUUUUGAAUCUGUGAUGCAAGGAAUUUUAAGACAUGUUAAUUUUGAUAUUGUAAAAUGUGUGCUGCUUGCAAGUCCAGGUUUUGUAAAGGAUCAAUUUUAUGAGUAUAUGUUUGCUCAAGCUGUCAAACUUGAUCAAAAAGUAUUACUAGAGAAUAAAAGUAAAUUUGUUCUAAUGCAUUCAUCUUCAGGUUUCAAGCAUUCUUUGAAAGAAAUCUUGGCAGACCCAGCUGUUGCUGUGAAACUGGCAGACACUAAGGCAGCUGGUGAAGUUAAAGCUUUGGAAUCAUUUUACACAAUGCUUCAAAAUGAACCGAAUCGUGCUUUCUAUGGUUUUAAUCAUGUUCAGAAGGCAAAUGAAGGCCAAGCUAUUGAGACUUUGCUCAUUUCUGAUAAUUUAUUCAGAUGCCAAGAUGUUGCAAAAAGAAAACAAUAUGUUACUUUGGUGGAUAGUGUUAAAGAUAAUGGUGGAGAUGUCAAGUUAUUCUCUAGUCUUCAUGUUUCCGGAGAACAGUUGGGUCUGUUAACGGGUAUAGCAGCCAUCUUAAGGUUCCCCAUGCCAGAAUUGGAAGAAGAAAGCAAUAGUUCCAGUGAAGAAGACAAUUAACGUAUAACUUAAAAAAUAUAUUUCCUAAUAAACUGCUGUCAAGAACUCUA